ACGGACACUAUUUCAUUCACCUCAGAGUAGGGGUGACAGUUUUUAGGAGGGAUUAAUUUUAAAUUUAUUCUAAUUUUAGUUAAAAUUUUGGGUUUAACUUUAAUUUAUCGAUUAUUUAACUUAAUUUAAUUGGCUACUUGGGAUAUUUUUAUAGUAUAAUCUUUUUAAUAUAAUUAUAUACUGUAAUUAAUUUAAUUUAACAUACGUUUAUUUUGUGGGUUUUGUUGGUAAAACUUCUUCUUAAGGUUUAGUAUUGCAUUUCACUUUCGAGGAGUAUUUGAGGUCUAGUUUAAGUAUUUCCAUAGUUAUAAUUAUUGUUUUAUUGACUCGGUAUUCAUUGACGUUGGGUGUGUAUUUUGAUUACCUUAUUGGGUUUAUUAUGGAUACCACCAUGGGAGAAACAAGGGUAUUAAGAAAUUUAAUGGCAAAGGGCACACAACCGAGGAUUUCCGAUGAAACCUUAGUUAAUGAUACAUCGCCCUGUACAAUUGAGAGUAAAAUCCUUAAAGAUGCAAGAACUCAAAUGAGACGUAUUCUAGAUCUCUUACCUGAAUCGUGUCAUAGAAACAUUAAAACAAGAGAACGUAAAGAAAUUAAGGACAAGGUGACGCAGCUUUUUGCGUCGGUGCAUCAAAUGUACGGAAUUGUAUCAGCAUAUCGUGUAGAAAGAGAGGAACAAAACAAUAUACUUCCUAACUUAUUAGAAACAAUGAAUGAAAUAAAGAUCAAGAACUCUCAACCCAACCAAUUUGCUGGGCACCUUACUUACGCUGAAGUAACAAAAUCCAACUUGAAACCAAGCAAUACGACGAAAACCAUUAAUAACAAUGGUGAACAAGGAGGCAAUAGCGCUGUACUGGUGUACCCAAGUGAUGAAGAAGAAGGUGCGCGAACAGACAUAAAAGAGAUCACAGAGCAGAUUUUUGAUAAAAUUCAGCCACACAAAAUAAGGGUUAAAAUCAAAGAAGUUAAAUUAAUAAGAGACAAUGGUGUGUGCAUAAGGGUCGGGAGUGAAGAAGAUGGGAAGAAACUAAAAGAGGAAAUAGGAAAGAUUCAAGAAAUAAAAGACAAGAUUAAAUGUAGAACAUCGGGAGGCAAACGACCAAGGGUAAUAUUACUAAACGUCCCACAGUGUAUCCCUGAAGAGGAGAUAAUAGAAGUAAUGACCAGACAAAAUGACAUUUGGAGGGGUCUGGAAAAAGAUAACAUAGAAGAAAAAUGUACCAUUAACACAGUUAUCAAAGGAAAGAAAACAAAGGAGAACUGUCAUCACGUUGUAAUCUCUGUAACUCCGAGCAUAAGAAAUAUACUGAUAGCUCACAAGACAAUAUCGAUGGCUUGGACCACAAUAAGAGUGGAUGACUUUGUACCAGUGAGACGCUGCUACAGAUGUUGUGGUUUCGGACAUAUGGCACGUGAUUGUACCGAGCAGCAGAGGUGUAGUCACUGCUCAAGAGGUCAUCGCUUCAAAGAAUGUCAAUUAACAAACACCAUCCCAUCUUGUCAUAAUUGCAAAUUAACUAACAGGAACCUCCCGCCGGAAAAGAAACUACCGACGAAUCACAACGCAUUCAGUGCUGAAUGCCCAGUGCUAAUAAAACUGAAAACACAGAUCAUAAAAAGAAUUGACUAUGGAAUAUAGAAACAAACAAAUAAUCACUCGGUUACCCAAAGGCACUACUAUGCAAAGAAAUAAACAAAAUAGUAACGACAAUGCUUCUGAUAAUUCAACUCUGUCAAUCAAUAGUAACUACGAUGUAAACUCUUCACAUCUGCGUAUUUUACAGAUAAAUAUGCAACACAGUAAAGCGGCAAGCUCACUCGCAAUAAAGACGGCCAAUGACCUAGAUGUAAACCUAUUAAUAAUACAAGAACCUUAUACUUUGAACAAUAAAAUAGUAAGCUUCGGAGGAUGGAGUAUUAACUACAAGAAACGGAGAAAAACCACAAAGUGGUAUAAUAGUCAGAGACAACAACCUAGAUGCUGCUUUAACAGAGGCGGCAUAAGGCGUGGGCGACGUGGGCCACCGCCUACGGCCUCGCGGUCCGAGGGGCCUCGCGCCUCGAAGGUUUACGCAUUACUUAAAAAAGCUGUGAACGCAACGGAAAAAUUUUACUCGUCAUAAAACGAUAAAUAUAUUGACAUAAGAGACCAAGAAAACGAAAGGCUAAUUCGUGAAUCUCAAAAACAUUAGCACAAUUUGUUUGAGAGAUUAAUUGAUAUCAUUAAUUUCUUAUCCUCUCAUAAUCUGGCAUUAAGAGGUCACAGAGAAUCUCUCAAGACAGACGACGGCACUAGGA